AAAACAGGGCGAACAGCAACAACCAGGCUUCACUUCCAUCACCAUCCGGGCAUCCUCGAAGCUCGCAUUGCAGACUGAAGACCAGCGACCCGCAGCCGUUUGUAGCGAAACGCAACGAUGCUGCUCCAGCGAUCAGCGGCACGUGCUGCCAUUCCACUGCAGCCGCCGGUUCCCACACACAGACGCCAGCUUCCCUUAAGCACACUGCUUCCCAGGUCAUCCUUACCGUCGUUCGCACCGAAUGCUGCUGCAUACGCCUCGUGUAGCUCGCUUGAGCGAUCUGGGAGGCAAUUGCGAUGUGCAAACGGCGUAAUUGGCAGACGUGCAGCUUCAGGACUGCCAGCCGUAAGAUCUAUCCGCCCGCGUGAUCCGACCGUUGGGGUGACAGCACACGCUGUCACUGUUGCCGACGAUUCCUCGCCUGCGUCUGCCUCCACUACGUCCUCCCUUCCCCUUCGCGCUGCGUUCUUCGACGUGGACGGGACUAUAACGAGCAGCAACGUGGUGGCCGCGUUUGUAGCACUUCGCCUAAGGGACAUGCCGCUGCUGCAGAAGGCGGUCUGGCUGCCGUGGUUCGCACUGAACGUGGUGCUCUACCUGAUCCUAGACUGGAUCGACCGGGGACUGUUCAAUCGCACGUUCUACCGUAAUUACCGGGGAAUGCGAGUGAGCGAAAAGGAGGCUAUGGCGGACUUCGUGCACACGAACUACCUCAAGUCGAAGGUCUUUCCGGGGGUCCUGGAUCAUAUUACCCGCCUUCGCACUGAGGGCUUCCGGAUUGUUCUUGUUACUGGCUCACUUGAUUUCCUCAUUGAACCACUCGCCAAGGACGUAUCUGCAAGUGCUGUUUUUGCUGCAAAGCUGAAGGAAUCUGAUGGCAGGUUCACAGGAGAGCUGGAGGGAGAGGCAGUGAGCAGUGCAGAGAAGGCAGCCGUGAUCAGAGGGUAUGCAGAAAGGGAGGGUAUUGCGUUGGAGGAUUGCUAUGCAUACGGGGACAGCUAUGCCGACUUUCAAAUGCUACUUGAGGUGGGCCAUGCAUAUGCAGUACGGCCAGACAAUCGCCUGCGCGAGCAAGCAAGGCAACGAGGAUGGAUAGUGGUGGAAGAUUACAGCCAGCUGGAUGGUGUGACAGAUGUUUGAUGGUGGCUGGCUUCCAUGAUGUUUUACAUUAGUGAGUCCAGUUAGUGUUGUGUGUAAUUUACGUUACUGGCACCCAAGCUCUUCUAGUUUUUCGUCUGCAGUGGUGUAUGUCCUGGUCAACCCGAUUGCCACGUAGACGACUCCUCUGUUUUUCUCACCUUUGUUGUCUCCGAGUAAACACAGGCUAGUUCU